AUCCGGGUACGCGUCACAACACGAGUCCUCACCCGGCACCCGUACCUUACUCGCUCACUGUACACAUUGCUCUCACACUUUGAGGAAAAGUUACCUCUGGAAGCGAGGUAGCUUCUCACUCGCAAUGGCCGAGCAGGCAGUCGUGGAGAAAAUGAGCGAACUGCAAGUGGACGAGGCGAAAAAGGGGAGGAGUGGUGGUGGUAAAGAUGGAGGCAAGAAGAAAGCUAAAGGUGCUGCUGCUGCCGCAGACCCUGGAGGCAGGUCCGAGCUGACACCACCACCUCAGUACAUCGAUGGGCGUCUUACUUUGUAUGCAAAGCUGAAAGCCGAGCACGAAGCCCUGAUGGCAGAGAGGGCUGCAAAGAAUAGCCGAGCGAUCAAGGUCACCCUGCCUGAUGGAAAGGUGGUGGAGGCCGAGUCUUGGAAGACCACGCCGUACCAGGUGGCCUGUGGAAUCAGCCAAGGCCUCGCUGACAACACCGUGAUUGCCAAAGUGAACAACGGUGUGUGGGACCUAGACCGACCUCUGGAGGAAGACUGCAGCCUUGCGUUGCUCAAGUUUGAUGAUGAGGAAGCUCAAGCUGUUUACUGGCACUCCAGUGCCCAUAUCUUGGGUGAAGCCAUGGAGAGGGUAUAUGGAGGUUGCCUCUGCUACGGUCCCCCCAUCGAGAGCGGCUUCUACUACGACAUGUUCCUGGAGAACAGCGAGGGUGUAUCGAGCAAUGACUUCCCAUGUCUGGAAACCUUGUGCAAAAAAAUCAUCAAGGAGAAGCAGCCGUUCGAGAGGCUAGAGAUAAAGAAGGAGACCUUGUUGGAAAUGUUCAAGUACAACAAGUUUAAGUGCCGCAUUCUGAAUGAGAAAGUCACCACCCCGACUACCACAGUGUACAGGUGUGGUCCCUUAAUUGACUUGUGUCGUGGGCCCCAUGUGAGACACACUGGGAAAAUCAAGGCACUCAAGAUCCACAAGAAUUCAUCUACAUACUGGGAGGGAAAGGCAGAAAUGGAAACCCUCCAGAGGAUCUAUGGGAUCUCCUUCCCUGACCCCAAAAUGCUCAAAGAGUGGGAGAAGUUCCAGGAGGAGGCCAAGAACAGAGACCACCGCAAACUGGGCCGGGAGCAGGACCUGUUUUUCUUCCAUGACCUGAGUCCGGGGAGCUGCUUCUUCCUGCCAAAGGGCGCCUUCAUCUACAACACACUGAUCGAGUUCAUCAGAAGUGAGUACAGGAAGAGGGGCUUCCAGGAGGUGGUGACCCCCAACAUCUACAACAGCAAACUGUGGCAGACCUCCGGCCACUGGCAGCACUACAGCGAGAACAUGUUUUCAUUUGAGGCCGAGAAGGAGACCUUUGCCCUCAAGCCCAUGAACUGCCCCGGACACUGUCUGAUGUUCGAUCACCGGCCGCGCUCCUGGAGAGAGUUGCCCAUCCGCAUGGCUGACUUCGGCGUCCUACACAGGAACGAGCUGUCGGGGGCCCUGACCGGCCUCACUCGAGUCCGCCGCUUCCAGCAGGACGACGCUCACAUCUUCUGCACCAUGGACCAGAUCGGAGAGGAGAUGAAGGGCUGCCUGGACUUCCUGCGCACCGUGUACGAAGUGUUCGGCUUCACUUUCAAACUCAACCUCUCCACAAGACCAGAGAAGUUCCUGGGGGACCCGGAUGUGUGGGACCAGGCGGAGAAGCAACUGGAGAACAGCUUGAACGAGUUUGGGGAGCAGUGGGUCCUCAACCCAGGCGACGGCGCUUUCUACGGACCCAAGAUCGACAUUCAGAUCAAGGACGCCAUCGGUCGAUACCAUCAAUGUGCCACGAUUCAGCUCGAUUUCCAGCUGCCGAUCCGCUUCAAUCUCACCUUUGUCAGCCAUGAUGGUGAAGACAAGAAGAGACCAGUGAUCAUCCACAGAGCCAUCCUGGGAUCAGUGGAGAGGAUGAUCGCUAUUCUGACUGAAAACUACGGAGGCAAAUGGCCUCUGUGGCUCUCUCCCCGUCAAGUGAUGGUUGUGCCUGUGGGACCAACCUGUGACGAUUACGCUCAGAAGGUCAAGCAGGAAUUCCACAACGGCGGCUUCAUGACGGACGUGGACCUCGACCCCAGCUGCACUUUGAACAAAAAGAUCCGCAAUGCACAGUUGGCACAGUACAACUUCAUCCUGGUGUUGGGAGAGAAGGAGAAGACGAGCAACACUGUGAACGUGCGCACUCGGGACAACAAAGUCCACGGCGAGCGCAGCGUGGAGGAGUGCGUCGAGCGACUGAAGCAGCUCAAGACCACCAGGAGUCGCAACGCCGAGGAGGAAUUCUGAGCUUUUCCCCAAAGUCGCUGCUAACAGCUUGAAUCUGGAAUCUUUUAAAGGGCCAUUUGGUAGAAAAAUCAGUUUUUACUGCCUUGUCUGUUCUUCUGAUUUGACAAUUCUCUGGUGUCUUGAAUUGGCUCUUUACUGUAUCACUGUUUGCUUUUUUCAAUUUAUCAAGUCUCAUGGUUACUGUCCUGCAUAGAAUUAAAUAUAACUGUCAAUAUCCUUUCUGAUCAUACUGAAAUUCAACUCAUGAGACUAUGAAUGGAUCAUGUCUUUACAGAACCGUUCUCUACCAUAGAAUAAAUCUUUAGGAACAUUUUCCAUAUGUAAUGAGCUGAGGGGAAAUGGUUUGUACCAUUGUCUUAACCCGUUUGGAUCAAUCACUUCAGGGAAUUAUACAUGGAUUACAGUUUUCAUAAUUAAACUGUUUAUUCUUGAUGUGCUAUGUUCUGCUUUUUUAUAAGAUACAAGACUCACCAUUUUCUGUCGUUGGGGAAAUUUCAGCACCAAAUUCUUCUGACUUGAAUUGUCUUUUUAAUUAUGCUGUUGCAAACCAGGUUAUCCAUUGGUGACCUGUGUCAGAACUGGGACGUUUAUCAGUAAAUAUACACAUUCAAUCUUAGCAUAAAAUAAAGAAUAGUGACAGUUGAAAAGAUCAACAUGUAUUUAAAUUUCACUAUAAAGAGCCUUGAGGACACAAAAAUAAAGGCUUCUUUAAUA